UUUUUUUUUUUUUUUUUUCUUUUGUUGUGGUGGUGGCUGGACCAGUCCGUUGAAGAGGUGGUACCAGUAGUGGGGCGCGGUGUGCACAAUGGGGGUUUUGUUUGCAUCCCCAGCGCAUCCGCCAGCACUUUGUUCUCUCAAUCUUUUGUAUUACUUUUCGUGGGCGGCCCUCUUGGCUGUCUUCUUCUUUUCUGGUUUGCUUGGUGUUGUCAAAAAAGUCCUUGCAAAGCGCCUCGUGUUCAUUUGGGACAUGGCUUGUGGUGUCCCCUUCUGUACUCUAGUGGUCUUGCAGUCUGGGGUGAGUAUAGGUUUAAAGGAUGGCCUCCUCUGCCUCCGGUCUUUGUGUUCUCUCUUUCGGGCUCGGGUGGUGUUGUUUUUGGAAGGGCCCUGGAGCCCUUCAGGGGUUCAAGUAGUCUCUGUUUGGUAUGCCUAUCACAUAGAGGUCUUUGGAUCCUGGUGGCCAAGUAGGUCUGCGGGCCAAAAUGUCUUUCACUUCGCUUUCUUUUAUGCAUUUUUAACGAAUGGCAACGACAAGGGCAGUUGAUACUAACCAUCAUCUUUUUCCCCCAGCUCUUUUUCUUUCUUCUUUAGAUCCCUCUCGACCAGCACAGACGACCAUGGCGACAGCGGGCACAACGGGUGCAACAGAACAGCAGCGGGCACAACGGGUGCAACGGGACAACAGGAUCACGAGUGGAGGAGGAAGAUGAGUGGGCCGGGAGACAGGAACGUAUUCAAAAAUAAACCAUAUCUAUCAUAUCC